AUGAAGGUGGUUGUUGCGUGUCUUCUUUGUGUAGUAAUUCGUGUGGAAAGUGUUAUUUAUCAAAAUGUAACAUAUCAACCCGUUCAAAGGCAGUUGUUGGAUUUCAAGAAAGAACAUCCGCUACCGAUAGGACUAUGGACCAAAGUUGCCGGAGACCCGGUUGAAAUCCGUGACACACUGUCAAUUAACUCCGAUCAAUUUAACAAUCAAUGGCUCAUAGACACUUUUUCGACGUUCGAUGGCGAAAGAAUCCCAGAGCGUGUGGUACACGCCAAGGGUACAGGAGCCUUCGGUUACUUCGAAGUCACGCACGAUGUGUCCAAGUAUACAUAUGCUGAUGUGUUCAAUGGGAUAGGGAAAAAGACACCGUUGGUCGUAAGAUUGUCAUCUGCACUACAAAAUUUAGGUGGCUCUGAUCUGGGCAGAGAACUGAGGGGUAUGUCCAUCAAGUUCUAUACGAAGGAAGGAAAUUUAGACCUUCUGUGCCUCUCAAUUCCUGUUUAUCUCUACAGAGACCCCAUGUUCUUCUUAAACCUGGUACAUGCUUUUAAAAGAAAUCCUCAGACCAAUAUGUUCGAUUUUACGGCACAAUGGGAUUUAAUGACGCUACGACCGGUAGUCAAUCACAAUCUUUUCUGGACAUUCGCUGAUUAUGGCAUACCAGAUGGCUACAGGCGGAUGGAUGCUUUCCCCAUUCAUACUUAUGAACUUUCAAAUAAGCAUGGGGAGACACAUUAUGUGAGAUUCAACUUUAGAACGGAGCAAGGCAUCGCAACACUCACAACUGCCCAAGCCGCCGCUAUUCAAGCUCAAGAUCCAGAUUACUUUAAUAGAGAUUUAUACAACGCUAUCGAUUCAGGGAAGUUCCCUGCUUGGAGACUAGAGAUGGACGUGAUGACUAAACACGACAUACAAAAACUCGAUUAUGAUCCGUUCGAUGUCACAAGACUGUGGAAGAAUGGUACAUUCUUCACUGUACAGGUUGGGCGGUUGGUACUAAACAAAAAUGUAGAAAAUCAGUUCAGAGAUGUUGAACAAGGCGCGUUUAAUCCCGGUCAUUUAGUACCCGGUAUUCCUGGACCAGUAGACUUUUUGUUCCGUGGUAGAAGAACUUUCUAUAGGGACACUCAAAAUUACCGUCUGGGCAGAAACCACAAUAAUAUUUUAGUAAACUUACCAUUGUACGAGAAGACGUAUGUGCGAGAUGGAAGGCCACCUACUAGGCUUAAUAUGAAGAACGCUCCUAACUAUUAUCCUAAUUCAUUCAAUGGGCCAGUUCCAUAUGUAGAUGAAAAGAGACCAAAGAAGAAGCUGCAAGUAUUGGAAAAUAACGCUAUCGAUUUAGAACCGUUGUGGUAUUUCUAUAACUUUAUUCUAGAAGAUGAAGCCCACAGGCAGAGAUUUAUUGAUAAUAUAGUCAUGUCCCUUGUACCAGUUACACCACCGGUGGUACAAAGAGCCCUGAAAUUUUUACAUUUGGUUGAUCAAGAUUUAGGAAGUCGUGUAAAAGUGGGUUAUCAAAUAGGGGUAGCACAAGCAAUGGCUGAGCAAGCGGCGGCCGCAGCCAUACCUCCGCCAGUUACACCUCUAAGAAAUGUUCCAACAGCCGAAGGGCCUCCUAAACAUGACUACUAUAAAGAUAUAUACAAAUUAAAAAUUCAUUGA